AGGCGACGGUUUGGGUUUUUGGCGCUUAUUGGGCGAAGAAAGAGCGAGAGACUGUCUCCGUAGAGAGCCGAGCAGAGAGUGAGAGAGAGAGAGAGAGCGCGCGCGAGGAGCGAGCGAGAAAAGUGAAAGACCGAGAAACCAGCGAAGAAUUCUUCGAGCGCGAUCGCCGACUUCGCAUAGCUUCAGUUGCCCUGCAGAAUUCCCAGCGAUCGGUUCGUGCAGCGGAUUAUCGCGCGUCGCGCAUCCCACAGAUAUUUUCCACACAUUUUUUUUAAGUUCGGUGCUCUCGUGCAGUGUGAUCUUCUUUUUUUUUUUGGUUUACCGAGUAUCGAACCCCCACUUCCUGGCAUGUCGAGGCAGCAGUUGAAACAAUCCGAAACUCGUGCCCAGUGCUAACAGCCCAAGGAAGUUCCCAAGUGUGCAACAGCUAAGUCCGGCGAAAACCCCCGAUAAACCCAAAGCAAAAAUCAAGGAAAAAUAAAUAAGAAAAUUGAGUAAAGCCCAAAGUUAAACAAACGGACGGACAGCAGGUGUGAGCGAGAGAGCAACAAUGCACCUCACGCAGCCGUCGCUGCCUCUGCCGCUGCCGCUGCUGGCGGUGGCGCUGGCGUCGGCGCUGGCUUUUGCGCAGGCGCAGAAUAUAGAUGCCGGCAGCUGCAGCUUCCCGGGAUCGCCGGCGCACAGCAGCGUGGUCUUCUCCAACGCGAACCUCACCCAGGGCACGGUGGCCUCCUACAGCUGCGAGCGCGGCUUCGAGCUCCUGGGACCGGCGAGACGCGUCUGCGACAAGGGGCAGUGGGUGCCCGAGGGCAUUCCGUUCUGCGUUUUGAAUGUUGCCGCUGGCAAGGCGCCCAUGCAGAUUUCCACCGACGGCGCCGGUGCUCCGCAAAAGGCCAUCGAUGGCUCCACCUCCGCCUUCUUCACGCCGGAGACCUGCUCCCUGACGAAGGCGGAGCGCUCGCCCUGGUGGUACGUCAACCUCCUGGAACCCUACAUGGUGCAGCUGGUGCGCCUGGACUUUGGCAAGUCCUGCUGCGGCAACAAGCCGGCCACGAUAGUGGUGCGAGUGGGCAACAACCGGCCGGACUUGGGCACGAAUCCCAUCUGCAACCGCUUCACGGGUCUCCUGGAGGCGGGACAGCCGCUCUUCCUGCCCUGCAACCCACCCAUGCCGGGCGCCUUCGUGAGCGUCCAUCUGGAGAACAGCACCCCCAAUCCGCUGUCCAUCUGCGAGGCGUUCGUCUACACGGACCAGGCGCUGCCCAUCGAGCGGUGUCCCACCUUCCGGGAUCAGCCGCCGGGUGCGCUGGCCUCGUACAACGGCAAGUGCUACAUCUUCUACAACCGCCAGCCCCUGAACUUCCUGGACUCCCUCUCCUUCUGCCGCUCCCGUGGCGGCACGCUGAUCAGCGAGAGCAAUCCGGCGCUGCAGGGCUUCAUCAGCUGGGAGCUGUGGCGACGUCACCGCAGUGACGUCAGCUCGCAGUACUGGAUGGGAGCGGUGCGCGACGGCAGCGACAGGAGCAGCUGGAAGUGGGUCAACGGCGACGAGCUGACCGUCUCCUUCUGGAGCCACCCGGGCGGCGACGAGGACUGCGCCCGGUUCGACGGCUCCAAGGGCUGGCUGUGGAGCGACACCAACUGCAACACGCUGCUGAACUUCAUCUGUCAGCACCAGCCGAAGACCUGCGGACGGCCCGAGCAGCCGCCCAACUCCACGAUGGUGGCCCUCAACGGCUUCGAGGUGGGCGCCCAGAUCAAGUACAGCUGCGACGCCAACCACCUGCUGGUGGGCCCUGCCACCAGGACCUGCUUGGAGACGGGCUUCUACAACGAGUUCCCGCCAGUGUGCAAGUAUAUCGAAUGUGGUCUGCCGGCCAGCAUUGCCCAUGGUUCCUACGCCCUGCUGAACAACACGGUGGGCUACUUGAGCCUGGUGAAGUACUCCUGCGAGGAGGGCUACGAGAUGAUAGGUCGCGCCCUGCUCACCUGCGAUUUCGAUGAACGCUGGAACGGACCGCCGCCGCGCUGCGAGAUUGUGGAGUGCGACACACUGCCCGGCAACUACUACAGCACCAUUAUCCACGCGCCCAAUGGCACUUACUACGGCUCCAAGGCGGAGAUCAGCUGUCCGCCGGGAUACCGCAUGGAGGGACCGCGGGUGCUCACCUGCCUGGCCAGUGGCCAGUGGAGCAGCGCCCUGCCGCGCUGCAUCAAGCUGGAGCCCUCCACGCAGCCCACUGCCGCGCCCACCGUUCCAGUGCCCUCGUCGGUGGCCACGCCCCCGCCCUUCCGGCCCAAGGUCGUCAGCUCCACCACCAGCCGCACCCCCUACCGCCCCCCGGUGGUCUCCACGGCCAGCAGCGGCAUCAGCGGCAGCUCCACCAGCACAGUGGGCACGUAUCCCAGCCUCAGUCCCACGCAGGUGGAGAUCAACGGCGAAUCUGAGUCCGAGGAGGACAUCAAUGUGCCGCCAGUGCCCGGCACCGUUCGCGAGGAGUUCCCGCCCCGCCGCACCGUCCGCCCAGUGCUCAUCCCGAAGAAGCCCAACAGCACGCCGGCGGCCCUGCCGCCCACCACCCACCAGGUGCCACCCCAACCGCCGUCCACCUACGCCCCCACCCCGCCGCGCAGCUCGCGUCCAAGCGGCGCGCCCAACGGCGGCGCGGUGGAGACCACCACGCGGAACACGCAGCAGAUCAUCGCCAACUCGCAUCCGCAGGACAACGAGAUCCCCGACAGCGUCAACAUCCAGCAGAACCAGUCGCCCAACGUCAACGUGCCCUUCGCCGUCGACAAUCCCGACCGCAAGGAGACCAAGGAGGCCAAGCUUAAUCUGGGCGCCAUCGUGGCUCUGGGCGCUUUUGGUGGCUUCGUCUUCCUGGCCGCCGUCAUCACCACGAUCGUGAUCCUCGUGCGAAGCACCCCGAACAGCCAACGGCGGCACCUAGCCAAACACUUAACCGCUUACCAACAUCAUCAUGCUCAUCAUCACCACCACCAGCAGAUCCACCAGAUCCAGCAGUUCCACCAGCAGCAGCAGCAGCACCACCACCACCACCAGAAGUACCAGCAGCAGCAGCACCAGAAGAGGCACCAGCCACAGCAGCAGCAGCAGCAACAAUCGCAGGCGAAGAAAGCCCCGGGCAUCGGAAUCGGAAUCGGGAAGGUUGCGGGUCUUGGGUUCGGCCUUGGGUUCGGCAUCACGGGAUCGGGCUCCAGACCGGGAUCCGGCACGGGCAUACCGCGGCCCAGCCGACUGCCCAGCUAUGCCACGGCGACGGCCACCAGUGCCACCAGCUUCGCAUCCACCGCCCAACUGACCGGCGGCGGAGGUGGCGGAGGUGGCGGCCACUACGGCAGCAUCGGGUCGAGCGGAGCCGGGGAGCUGGGUCCGGCCCCCUCCCUGUGGUACAGCGUCCUGGCCCUGCCCUUCGACGACCAGAAGCUGGGGCGGCGCGAGUUCAGCAGCUACGGCCGUGGCUAUCGCGCCCGCGCCGGGCUCUUCAGCAGCUCCCACAUAAACCGAACCACGCAACACUAUCGCCAUCGCGCCUCGCCCGACUGCAACACGGUGGCCAGCUUCGACAGCUCCACCUCCGGCUCCCGCAAUGGACUCAACAGGUACUACCGCCAAGCCUGGGAGAACCUGCACGAGUCCGCCUCGAAGAACAGCUCGCACAACGCCCUGCGCCGCAAGGAGACCCUCGACCCGCCGAGCAUGACCCGUUCCCGUGACAAUCUGCGCGACAAUAUGCAGCGCUCCCGCGAAAAUCUUGAUAGGUGCGGCAGGGACAACUACGGCAUGCGGGACGACUCCGAGAUGGUGGUCUCCUCGGUGGUGUCCGACGUGUGCCUGAAGGGCGAGAAGAAGCGCCACCACCACCACCACCACAAGAGCAGCUCCCGCAACGGCGACUACCGCGACCGGGACCAGUCCUCCGGCAGGCGCGAGCACCACCGGCACAGCGGCGGCGGCGGCGGAGGCGGCGGUGGCGGCCACUAUUGACCAACCAUGGUCAUCACCAUCAACGUGGAGCGGCAGUAGCCGAAACCGGAGUCGGAUUUGGACGCGGCUGCAGACCCAGAUCCGAGCAUCCGAUUGCUGCACAGCGAGCGCAACAACGAAACGUUUUUUGUUUAAUUUUAGCAACAGUUUUUUUUCGCGCUUUAGUUACGUAAGUUGAUCGUCCGGCGGGGAGAUCGAGCAGAGGGUUCGGCACAUCCGGAGGAGACUUUUCUGUUCAUAGUGAAAAAUCGGAGGGUUAAGCAGAGGCAAGCAGCGCAAGUCAAUGAUUAUGCGGGGCGAAGCACUGGGGGCUCUGGCGGUCUAGGAACCCUGCGUCAUUUGGAGAUUUCUAAUAACAACAUUAUAUUGUAUCUUAAUUUCUAUAUUUACAAAAUCUUGCAAAAUCAUUUAGGUUUUUCAAAGCAACGAAGAUUAUUUUUCCCAUAUCCCAGGGUUCUUGAGGCUCCCGGGGCCCCUGGGCAGCCCCCUCUAUAAGUGUAUGUGCUCUCGUGCUGAGACCUUGGUCCGAACUCGUAUAAUUUAUUCGCAAAGCUUUCGUAAGGUUCUUAGUUAAAUUUCUCUAUGAAUUAGUUGUAUGUAAAGGCGUGAACAGGGCGGCAAGGCGAGGCGUAGUAAUUAGUUGCAAGGCACCAGCACCAGCACCCACAUCCCCCCCCGAGUCCGCUUCACCUCACCCCCGGCCACUUUCUCACCCAGCAAGCAGGUCACACAGCUGCAGCCAAAUUAUGUGCAACUUGGUUUCGCCUGAGGUCUCAGGCCCAAUCGACUUGCUCAUAGUCGCAAAUUAGUUACGUAAACACCUACGCUAGAUAGAACUAUCCAUCCAUUCCUCGAGAAGAGUCCAAAAAUCACACACACCAGCCGUCGAAACAGAAAAGAGCAGCACAUAAUAUCGUAGAACGCGUGCCACAGAACGUACUGUAUUGAAAAUCAGCACAGGAUCGGAAGAUUAUACCAUUUUACCCCGCACCAGCUGCACAUUCCAUUAUUUUUUUAGCUACCCAUUAUGUGUAUCGCCCUGUAUUUGUAUUUCUAGAGUCUUGUAAUUUGUAGAUUUGUUUUCGCGCGUGUAUCGUCGAGCGGUGCAGUGCUAAAGUACCGCCUGGUAUGCAAUAUUAUUUGAAUUUCGUGCAUUAUUUCCAAUGUAAAUAAUAAUAAUUUAUUUCAUAAAUAAAACAAUGAAUAUUUUUACUAAA